CCCUGGAUUACUGCAGUCGCUGACGGCUGGAUCUCACCCUCGACAGGAUAGGAGAGGAGAAGAGAGCCACAGUCAUGUUAUCUUAGAUGCUCCACAGAAACCUGAACAACCGAGCGUUUCCCACAGCCGAGGUGUUCCCUACUGUGUGUCCAACAUGUCGGAUAAGAUGUCCAGCUUCCUACAUAUUGGGGACAUCUGCUCCCUGUAUGCAGAGGGAUCCACCAACGGUUUCAUCAGCACCCUGGGCUUGGUGGAUGACCGCUGCGUCGUCCAGCCUGACGCGGGGGACCUCAACAACCCUCCAAAGAAGUUCAGAGACUGUCUGUUCAGACUGUGCCCUAUGAACCGCUACUCUGCCCAGAAGCAGUUCUGGAAAGCAGCGAAGCCUGGAGGGAACACCGACACAGUGCUGCUAAACAAGCUUCAUCAUGCAGCUGACUUGGAGAAGAAGCAAAACGACUCUGAAAACAAAAAACUUCUUGGAACAGUAAUUCAGUAUGGGAAUGUUAUUCAGCUCCUCCACCUGAAGAGCAACAAAUACCUGACUGUGAACAAACGUCUGCCUGCGCUGUUAGAGAAGAAUGCCAUGAGAGUGAUGUUAGACACUGCAGGAAAUGAGGGCUCUUGGUUUUACAUACAGCCCUUCUACAAACUACGCUCCAUUGGGGACAGUGUGGUGAUUGGGGACAAAGUGGUCCUGAACCCUGUGAAUGCUGGUCAGCCGCUCCAUGCCAGCACACAUCAGCUUGUGGAUAAUCCAGGAUGCAAUGAGGUGAACUCGGUCAACUGUAACACCAGCUGGAAGAUUGUCUUGUUUAUGAAAUGGAGCGACAAUCAGGAGAUCAUCCUGAAAGGGGGUGACGUGGUACGGUUAUUUCAUGCAGAACAGGAGAAAUUCCUCACAUGUGACGAUCACAGGAGAAAACAAUAUGUUUUUCUUCGCACUACUGGACGGCAGUCAGCUACCUCGGCAACCAGCAGCAAAGCCCUAUGGGAGAUCGAGGUUGUGCAGCAUGAUCCGUGUCGAGGGGGGGCAGGCUACUGGAACAGCCUGUUUAGGUUCAAACACCUGGCCACUGGACACUACCUGGCUGCCGAGGUGAAUCCAGAGUAUGAAGAGGAGUGCCUGGAGUCCCGCUCUUCACUGGACUCAGAACAAGAAGCCUUAAGGGCCCGGUUGAGAAAUGUCCAGGACAAAGUCAUGUACACUCUCGUGUCUGUUCCUGAUGGAAAUGACAUUUCCUCCAUAUUUGAACUCGAUCCUACCACCUUAAGAGGGGGAGACUCACUAGUACCCAGGAACUCAUAUGUGCGCCUCAGACACCUGUGCACCAAUACAUGGGUCCACAGCACUAACCAACCCAUUGACAAGGAAGAGGAAAAACCUGUCAUGCUGCGCAUUGGCACAUCUGCCCUCAAAGAGGACAAAGAGGCUUUUGCCAUUGUGCCUGUCUCCCCGGCUGAAGUGAGAGACCUUGACUUUGCUAAUGAUGCCAGUAAAGUGCUGGCCUCUAUUGCUGGAAAGCUGGAAAAAGGCACCAUCACACAGAACGAGAGGAGAGCGGUUACCAAGCUUCUGGAGGAUCUGGUGUUCUUUGUUGUGGACAUUCCCAACAAUGGACAGGAUGUUCUAGAGAUCAUGGUCAACAAACCAAACAGAGAACGACAGAAACUCAUGAGAGAACAGAAUAUUCUGAAACAGAUCUUCAAGCUGCUGCAGGCUCCCUUCACAGACAGUGGGGAUGGGCCCAUGCUACGACUGGAGGAGCUGGCUGACCAGCGUCAUGCCCCCUUCAGACACAUCUGCCGCCUGUGUUACCGGGUUUUACGUCACUCUCAGCAGGACUACCGCAAGAACCAGGAGUAUAUUGCCAAACAGUUUCGCUUCAUGCAGAAACAGAUCGGUUAUGAUGUCCUGGCAGAGGACACGAUCACAGCUCUGCUCCAUAACAACCGCAAGCUGCUGGAGAAACACAUCACUGCUGCAGAGAUUGACACGUUUGUUAGCCUGGUCCGCAAGAACCGCGAGCCAAGGUUCUUGGACUACCUGUCAGACUUGUGUGUGUCAAUGAAUAAGUCCAUCCCUGUGACACAGGAGCUCAUCUGUAACGCAGUGCUGGACCCAGCUAACGCAGACAUCCUCAUAGAAACAAAAUUGGUGCUGUCGAGAUUUGAAAUCGAGGGUGCGCCACUCGGGGAGAACUCUGUGGAGUCAGAGGAAGAUGAAGAGGAAGUGUGGUUGUUCUGGAAGGACAGCAAUAAAGAGAUCCGCAGUAAGAGCAUCAGGGAGCUGGCCCAGGAUGCCAAGGAAGGCCAGAAGGAGGAUCAGGAGGUGAUCAGUUAUUACAGGUACCAGCUGAACCUGUUUGCCAGAAUGUGUUUGGACCGUCAGUAUUUGGCAAUCAACAAGAUCUCUGGCCAGCUGGAUGUGGACCUGAUCUUACGAUGCAUGUCGGACGAAGACCUGCCCUAUGACCUGCGAGCAUCCUUCUGUCGCAUGAUGCUUCACAUGCAUGUAGAUCGUGACCCUCAGGAGCAGGUUACGCCUGUCAAAUAUGCGCGACUCUGGUCUGAGAUCCCCUCGGAGAUUGCCAUUGAUGACUAUGACAACGAUGGAACAUCUAAAGAUGAAAUUAAGGAGCGAUUCUCACAGACUAUGGAGUUUGUUGAGAACUAUCUGAGAGAUGUGGUAUGUCAGAGCUUCCCCUUUGCAGAUAAAGAGAAGAACAAGCUUACAUUUGAGGUGGUGAAUCUGGCCAGGAACCUGAUUUACUUUGGUUUCUACAACUUCAGUGACCUGUUGAGACUCACUAAGAUCCUACUGGCUAUUCUAGACUGUGUCCAUGUGAACACAGUUUUCCCUUUCAACAAACUGGACAAAGGAGAUGAGAGUAAAGGUAGUAACGUGAUAAGGUCCAUUCAUGGUGUCGGGGAGCUGAUGUCUCAAGUAGUCUUGAGAGGAGGUGGCUUCCUUCCCACAACUUCCAACAACAGCUCGAGUGGAGACACAGUCAAGACCCAGACUGAACCAGAGAAACAGGACAUCCUGGUCAUGGACACCAAGCUGAAGAUCAUCGAGAUCCUGCAGUUCAUACUGAAUGUCCGCCUGGACUACAGGAUCUCCUGUCUGCUGUCCAUAUUUAAGAGGGAGUUUGAUGAGAGUAACUCGCAGAGUGAAUUAUCUGUAACUGGAGCAGUGGAGGGACCAAACAAUAUGCCAGGGGCUUUGGAUUUUGAACAUAUAGAAGAGCAGGCAGAGGGGAUAUUUGGUGGAAGUGAAGAGAACACCCCUUUGGACCUGGACGAUCAUGGUGGCCGUACCUUCUUGAGGGUCCUCCUCCACUUAACUAUGCAUGACUAUCCUCCUUUGGUGUCCAGAGCCCUACAUCUGCUCUUCAGGCACUUCAGCCAAAGGCAGGAAGUUCUGCAAGCUUUUAAGCAGGUCCAGUUGUUGGUCACCAGCCAAGAUGUGGAAAAUUACAAGCAAAUAAAGUCAGACCUGGACCAGCUGCGCUCUAUUGUAGAGAAGUCUGAGCUCUGGGUGUACAAGAGGCAGGGGCCAGAUGAAGGCAUGGACACAGGAGACGGGCUGUCCACUGAGCCAGAGCAUAAAACGGGAGACUCUGGGGGCAUAGACAAACCAAAGAAGGCAGAAAGUACAAGCAGUUACAACUACAGAGUGGUGAAAGAGAUCCUGCUGCGGCUCAGCAGGUUGUGCGUCCAAGAAGGUCUGUCAGGUAGGAAGAGCAAGAAACAGCAGCAGAGACUUUUGAGGAACAUGGGGGCUCAUGCGGUGGUCCUUGAGCUCCUUCAGAUCCCCUAUGAGAAGGGAGAAGAUUUGCGUAUGCAGGACAUCAUGAAGCUCGCCCAUCAGUUCCUACAGAACUUCUGUGCCGGAAACCAGCAGAACCAAGCCCUGCUGCACAAGCACAUCAAUCUUUUUCUCAACCCAGGGAUUUUAGAAGCAAUCACCAUGCAGCAUAUCUUCAUGAACAACUUCCAGCUGUGCAGUGAGAUCAAUGAGCGUGUGGUUCAGCAUUUCGUCCACUGUAUUGAGACACAUGGCCGCAACGUCCAGUACCUCAAGUUUCUCCAGACUAUCGUCAAAGCAGAGAACAAGUUCAUCAAGAAGUGUCAAGACAUUGUCAUGGCAGAGCUGGUGAAUGCUGGCGAAGAUGUUUUGGUCUUCUAUAAUGACCGCGCCUCCUUCCAAACACUGGUCCAGAUGAUGCGAUCAGAGCGGGACCGCAUGGAUGAAAACAGUCCUCUGAUGUACCACAUUCACCUGGUGGAGCUCUUGGCUGUCUGCACUGAGGGGAAGAACGUGUACACCGAGAUCAAGUGUAACUCCCUCCUGCCACUGGAUGACAUAGUGCGGGUGGUCACCCAUGAGGACUGCAUCCCUGAGGUGAAGAUUGCCUAUAUCAACUUCCUGAACCACUGCUAUGUGGACACUGAGGUGGAAAUGAAGGAGAUCUACACCUCCAACCACAUGUGGAAACUCUUUGAGAACUUCCUGGUUGAUAUUUGCAGGGUGUGCAACAAUACAAGUGAUCGCAAGCAUGCGGACACCAUUCUGGAGCGCUAUGUGACAGAGACAGUCAUGAGCAUCGUGACAACUUUUUUCAGCUCACCCUUUUCUGACCAGAGCACCAGCCUGCAGGCGUCUCUGUUGGGGAAAAUAUUUCAGACCAGGCAGCCAGUCUUUGUGCAGCUGUUGCAGGCAGUGUUCAGGGUCUAUCACUGUAACUGGCUGAUCCCAGUCCAGAAGGGCUCUGUCGAGAACUGUAUAAAGGUGCUCUCAGAUGUCGCCAAAGGCAGAGCUAUAGCCAUCCCAGUGGACCUGGACAAUCAAGUAAACAACCUGUUUGUGAAAUCCAACAACAUUGUCCAGAAAACAGCCAUGAGCUGGAGACUUUCUGCACGUAACGCUGCCCGCAGAGACUCUGUUGUGACUGCUUCACGGGACUACAGAAACAUUAUCGAGAGGCUGCAGGACAUUGUGUCAGCUCUCGAGGACCGUCUGCGUCCACUGGUCCAGGCUGAAUUGUCAGUUCUGGUGGACGUGCUCCAUCGGCCUGAGCUGCUCUUCCCUGAAAACACAGACUCACGCAAGAAGUGUGAGAGUGGGGGUUUCAUAUGCAAGCUGAUCAAACAUACCAAGCAGCUGCUGGAGGAAAAUGAGGAGAGACUGUGCAUCAAAGUUCUGCAAACUCUGCGAGAGAUGAUGACAAAGGACCGGGGUUAUGGAGAGAAGCUCAGGGCGUUUGAUGAUGAGAUGGAUAUGCCUAAGCAGCUGGAUCAGAACCAGCCUGAGAAGCUGUUGGCAGACCAGAAGAGGGGCGAGGCACUGAGACAGAUUCUGGUGAACCGUUACUAUGGCAACUUCCAUCGGAGUGGUGGGCGGAGGGACAGCCUGACGUCAUUUACAAAUGGCCCCCUCAGUCCGGUAGGACCCGGCAAAAGCCAAUCAGCAUUAGGGGGACCUGGGGGCCUCAGUCGUGGUGAAAUGAGUCUGGCAGAAGUACAGUGUCACCUGGACAAAGAGGGAGCCUCUGACCUGGUUAUCGACCUCAUCAUGAACACCACCAGUGACCGGGUCUUCCAAGAAAGCAUCCUCCUGGCUAUUGCAUUGCUGGAAGGUGGAAAUACCACCAUCCAGCGUUCCUUCUUUUGCCGUCUGACAGAGGACAAGAAAUCAGAAAAGUUCUUCCGGGUUUUCUACGACCGUAUGAAGCUGGCUCAGCUGGAGAUCAAAGCCACCGUGACAGUAAAUACCAGUGACCUGGGAAACAGGAAGAGGGAUGAUGACAGCCAGGAGAAAGACGUCCCUGUCCGCAAAAAAGCCAGAGACUCAGCAGUGGUCAUGACUGAGGAUGUGAGAGAGCAACUAUUAGAGGCCUCGUCUGCCACCAAGAAGGCCUUUAACUCUUACCGGCGUGAGGCAGACCCCGAGGACCACUUCACCUCGGUAGACGGCCAACCCAGCAGCGGGGACAAGAACCAGGACGAAGGAGAGAUGAGCUUUGUGAUCGUUAUCAUGCAGCCUAUUCUUCGCUUCCUCCAGCUUCUUUGUGAGAAUCACAACCGUGACCUGCAGAACUUCCUUCGAUGUCAAAACAACAAGAACAACUACAACCUUGUGUGUGAGACCCUGCAGUUCUUAGACUGUAUCUGUGGCAGCACCACAGGGGGUCUCGGUCUGCUGGGACUGUACAUCAAUGAGAAGAACGUGGCCCUCAUCAACCAAACUCUGGAGAGUCUCACAGAGUACUGCCAGGGCCCCUGCCAUGAAAACCAGAAUUGCAUUGCCACUCACGAGUCAAAUGGUAUUGAUAUCAUCAUCGCUCUGAUCCUUAAUGACAUCAACCCACUUGGGAAAAAGCGGAUGGACCUGGUGUUAGAGCUCAAGAACAAUGCAUCCAAGCUGCUGCUCGCCAUCAUGGAGAGCCGCCACGACAGCGAGAAUGCUGAGAGGAUCCUGUACAACAUGAGGCCUAAAGAACUGGUGGAGGUGAUAAAAAAGGCCUAUCUGCAGGGAGAGGUAGAGUUCGAAGACACAAAGGAGGAGGAGGAUAGUGGGGAAGAGGAGGAACAUGACGCUGCUUCACCCAGAAAUGUUGGACACAACAUCUACAUUUUAGCUCACCAGCUGGCGCGUCAUAACAAGGAGUUGUCCAUGAUGUUAAAGCCUGGAGGGGCCAGUGGAGAGGGAGAUGAGGCCUUGGAGUUCUACGCCAAACACACCGCUCAGAUAGAGAUUGUGCGUCAGGACCGUACAAUGGAGGAGAUAGUGUUCCCUGUCCCCAACAUCUGCGAGUUCCUGACCUCAGAGUCAAAGCUGCGAGUCUACUACACCACGGAGAGAGACGAGCAGGGCAGCAAGAUCAACGACUUCUUCCUGCGAGCAGAGGACCUCUUCAAUGAGAUGAACUGGCAGAAGAAACUCAGAGCCCAGCCAGUGCUCUACUGGUGCUCCAGAAAUAUAUCAGUGUGGAGCACAGUUUCCUUCAACCUGGCUGUGCUCAUGAACCUCUUGGUCUGCUUCUUCUACCCCCUGGAGGGAGUACAUGGAGGUAUGCUGGAUUCCCACCUGUCUGCACUGCUGUGGAUGGGAGUCUUGGCAACACUGGUCAUCGUUAUCAUCAUGCCCCAGCCGCUGGGCAUCCGCGCCCUGGUCAUUGUCACCAUCCUCCGCCUCAUCUUCUCUGUUGGCCUGGAGCCCACCCUUUUCCUUCUGGGUGCCUUUAAUGUGUGUAAUAAAAUCAUCUUCCUGAUAAGCUUUGUGGGGAACCGAGGAACCUUCACAAGAGGCUACAAAGCCAUGGUGAUGGACUUUGAGUUUCUCUACCAUCUCAUCUACCUCAUCAUCUGCUGUCUGGGGGUGUUUGUUCACGUCUUUUUCUACAGUCUUUUGCUGUUUGACCUUGUAUACAGAGAGGAGACCUUGCUGAAUGUAAUAAAGAGUGUGACACGUAAUGGACGCUCCAUUGUUCUCACCGCGGUGCUGGCUCUCAUCUUGGUCUACCUGUUCUCCAUCGUUGGCUACAUCUUCUUCAAAGACGACUUCAUCCUGGAGGUGGAUCGGAUUCCCAACGCAACCACGAAAAGUGGAGCCAGUCUGGCUAACGAGUUUCUGCCUGAAGAAAUAUGUCACAGAGAGAAUGGUGAGAACUGUACGACAGUGAUGCCGCAGGAAGAUUUUGGGAAUGACAGUGAGGAGGACAGUGACGUGGAGCGGACGUGCGACUCUUUACUGAUGUGUAUCGUCACUGUGCUGAGUCACGGCUUGAGGAGUGGAGGGGGUGUUGGGGAUGUUCUCCGCAAACCUUCCAAAGAGGAGCCACUGUUUGCAGCCAGAGUUAUAUAUGACUUGCUGUUCUUCUUCAUGGUCAUCAUCAUUGUCCUCAACCUCAUCUUUGGUGUUAUCAUCGACACCUUUGCCGACCUGAGGAGUGAAAAACAGAAGAAAGAAGAAGUGCUGAAGACAACCUGCUUCAUCUGUGGCUUGGAGCGGGACAAGUUUGACAACAAAACUGUGACUUUUGAGGAGCACAUCAAAGAGGAGCACAACAUGUGGCACUACCUGUUCUUUAUUGUACUGGUAAAAGUUAAAGAUUCCACCGAGUACACAGGCCCUGAGAGCUACGUGGCUGAGAUGAUCAAGGAGCAUAACCUGGACUGGUUUCCGCGGAUGCGUGCCAUGUCACUGGUGAGCAGUGAUGCAGAGGGUGAGCAGAAUGAAAUCAGGAACCUGCAGGAGAAGCUGGAGUCGACCAUGAGGCUGGUGGCCAACCUGUCUGGACAGCUGACUGAGCUCAAGGAGCAGAUGACGGAGCAGAGGAAGCAGAAGCAACGAAUCGGUCUCCUUGGGCAUCCCCCUCACAUGAACAUCAACCCCCAGCAGCCUGCCUGAGGGUUCCUGGGGCCAGUUUCACUAGUGCCUGAGCACUCCUGACAGUGUACCACGUUAGACAGCAGAAUGCCAAAACUUAUCUGUCUCUAGUAUGUAUUUAGGUCAGUGUCUUACUGUAUACUUCAGCAGAUACUCCUACAAUAAGUGUUUCUACAACAUACGUGCUUCUGAGUGUCUGUGAAGUGAAAGUUAUCUGAGUAUGUUACUCAUGGUCUCCAAUGCGGAUGUGUCUGUGUGGGUGGAGUGUGCACCAAGUGCCUCAGGACUUGCGAAGCCAGUCCUGUAGGUUUAGGAGAUGAAAAUACUGACUUCAGCUUUAAUACCCUGAAUGCCUUCUGUACCACACUGACAGCGUGCCAAAGUUCAGCCAUUGUUCCUUAGGGAGUUUUCCUCUCAAGUGGCCUUGUAUUGAGGUUUUAAUCCUCAGUGUUGCACCAGCAAACUCAGGUCACGUGUGGAUUGAAGGUUUGUUUGAAUGCCACAACACAUUAUUUAAUAGUUUGCUUUUUGUCUGACAGCAAUAGGAAUAGUGAAUAAUAUGCAAUGUCAAAAUAAGAAUUAACUAUUUUUGGGAACUGAUAUUUGCUUUUGUAUUUGAAAUUAUAUUAUCAUUUAUUUAAAAUAUGGGGACAAACAACCCCUCUAAACAAUCCUGAGAACUCACCUUAUUUUCCGAUGUUUCUAAAAUGCUGUUAGAAAACCUUACAGUGUUGUUUUCUUUUUUGGUCCUUUUUGUUUUGUUUUGUUUUUUAUCAUAAGGGCAAGAAUUCGUAAUCUCUUUCAUGAUCCUUUGUAAUCUCACAUGAAGGUUCUACUUGUUCCAGGACACUUUAGAUAACAAACCAUUAACAGAACCAAACAAAACCAGACUUAAAGGAUUCUGGGAGCAACAGUAAAUUAGAUUUAUUAUUCAACUGUGCACUGAAUUAUUUAAUCUUCUUUUAAUUCAUUUAGUCCUAAAGCACUGAUGCUUUCUGUAGCACACAAGUAAUUGUUACUUUUCGGUUGGUCACUUUGUUAAAGAUCCACAACAGAAUAACUGUUUGACUGUGUGUGUGUGUGUGUGUGUGUGUGUGUGUGUGUGUGUGUGUGUGUGUGUGUGUGUGUGUGUGAAAAGAUGAACUAAAAGAUGUCAGUUGGAGUGCUGCUUGACCAAACUGAACUUUUAUACUAAUAGAUGGUUUGUGUCUGAAUUGUACAUUCCAUUCUUGGAGUCUAUUUAAAUAAACAAGUGUGUAAAAAAAUUUGAUGGUAAGUGUUUAACAGUAUCUUCGUCCUCAUGGAAGAAGAGAGUAAGACCAGAACAUAUGUGAGACUAAGGGCAAUAAGAACACUGCCAUUCAUCUAAAGUGUUGCAGUGACAUUAAUGAAAAGCCUAAAGACAAACCUACAUUUUAACAUGUAAAGAAAUUUUUAAUCGCUUAAAAUAUUUUUGAAAUAGCCUGUUGUUACACUUCUCACAUCUUUCCAUUCCAUUUCUCAGUGUGGUUAUUCAUCACAUCAGGAAUAUUUUAACAGCUUAAGCCUAUAUCCAAUUAUAGGUUUGAACAGUGUACAUUAUAACAUUAUUUCGUUACCCAAGCAUUUUGUCCCACAGAAUAGACACAUAUUUUGUGGUUUCCUGAAAACAAGAAAGAGGCAAGCAAGAGGUGUUUUCCCCAAUAUUCUCCAAGAAUGCUAAAAGAUCUACGAGUGAACUGAAAUAAAGAUACCAUUGUCAGGUUUUCUAAAAGUCUCAUUCAGUUUUAAAUUGUUUUACAUUUUCCCAGAUUAUGUACACAUCGUUGUUGUGGUUAUUUAAUUAUAGCUAAAUCACUGUGACCUGUGCUACGUCCAUGUUAUAAUUACUGUAUCCUGUAGCCCAUCCCAUUUCUAUUUAAUUUACUACACUCUAGACAUUUCCUAACAGACCUUUUAGUUAAAGUCACUCUUGUGGUCAUAGGAUGUGAGCCUUUUGAAGCUUUCAGUAAGAAUGAAAACCAUCACUUCCUGCUGUGAAAGAGACAACUUUUCUGAAACUAUGAGAAAAUUGUUUAAUUGGUUGCCCUACAACUUGUGUCAUGACAGCCAGUGUUUCGAGGCUGGUGUCACAGAUUUCAUGAGAACAACUCAUGAUCUCUGUGACAGCUACUACUUUCUUUCCUUAUUUUGUCAUAUUAAACAGAUUGAUAAUAUGAUAAUAAUGAACAAGCUCCAAUUAACACAGAGAAAACAUCAAAAUCAGCCUUUAAAUACAAUAUUUACCUCUAGUGAAUUUUGUGUCAAAAUUCAAACUUCAUUGUGAUUAGAAAUACAUAAAAAAAACAUUUUUAAUUAAAAGCAUAUAUUCAAACUGGAUGUUGUGUUCCUAUCCUGAAAAGAAGUCUUUGCAAUCAAUCAAUUGCUCUAGAAAGAUCUUAGGCAUGAGUUCAUAUGAUUGUAGGGAUCUUGCUGAAUGUGGUUUCCAGGCAAAGUUCUGAGGGACAUGUGGUUAAAAAAUAGUUGGGGGAAAUGUCUUUUUUCCAAUCACAUCAUAAUUCCUUCUGCGAUAGAUAUAAUUGCUCACAGCUUUACAAAACCCAGCUUCAUAAUGGGGUCAUUAAUCCAGUCUGACUUCAACUGGCAGAGGAACAAUUUGUGGAUCUUGACAGGACUGAUGGCAAUUUUAAGGUGUUGUAUGCUGUUGAUUGUGACCCAAAAAGUGAGGCCACACUUCUUGUUUACAGGUGACAUCUACAAACAGUUAGUGUAUUAGGGUGAUUAUCCUUGAUCAGGGACGGGCUAGCCAUUGGGAGGUUCGGGAGGUUUCCUGAACGGCCGGUCUGUUCCCAGCCGGUUGUCGGAACGUUUUUUUACCCUAUAAAAUGCAGUAUCAGUGUACCGCAGCAGUGUGUCCUUGCAGCCGCAGGUGGCACAGAGUGGAACGUAACCAAGGGGGGAGUUGUAGGUUUCAGCAGUGAGGAUCACUUCUGCGUUCGUGUUUCUCGGCUGCCGCUGGGGGCUGGCUCCAGAAGUGAGCAAUUCUCCAUUGAACCCCAUGCUAAAAUAGCCAAUUUUACAGCCUAAAAAAACAGCCUGGUACAUUUUUUUGUUUUUGGUCUCGAUUGAUCAGGGGUGGGCUGGGAUUGGUUGGUUGGGCUUGGUUUGGAGAGGCCUUUUAAUUGAUCGCGCA